AUGACUAGAAGGAAUGCGUCGGCGUCCAGUCUGACUGCGAUGGAGUCCUUUGCGGUCCUGCUGGAGUCCUGUGAGGGUGAUGCUUAUCACGCCCUGCACGACCACUUCCGUGAACCUCUGGAGAAGGCCAUCAAGGAGAGGACCAAGAUUGAUGACAAGAACAAGGCCAACGAGCAGAAGCUGAUCAAGGCGUGGCACGACAAGCCAAGAUCCCGGUCACGUCGGGAAGUCGUCGAGAAGGCGGUGUUUGCCUUGAAGCCGGAGCUGAGAAGAGCGGUCGAGCAUCAAACCCUUUCCUGGGGGGAGGACGAGCUGACUCUGGCGAAGCUAGAGAAAACGUGCCGGCAGAUCGAGGAAGCCCUCUACACCAGGGAGUUGGGACGCGCGCCGAAGCCAAAGGAGGGGCGGGACCCGGGAGCCGUCUGCGCACACUGCGGGCGGAAGGACUCCCACAAGAGCCAUGAGUGCUGGGAGAAGUUCCCGGAAAAGCGCCCAGAGAAGUGGAAGAAGAGGGGUGAGAACGCGACCACGCCUGCCGGUAACCCCAGGGAAAAGCCCAAGAACGCGUACGCGGCGCAAGACGUUGAGGAGGACUCUGAAGAGGAGGACGACCAGUGGAGCCCGUUCAUGGCGUGGUAA